AUGAUAGAUUUGAAGACACUAAACAGCAACGGUGUACUAUAUUACCUAUUUUGUAUCUUUUCAGCAUGGAUUGUAUCCUGGUACAUCGUCUACUUCAUCACUGGCUUUCAUCUAAGCUCAAUAUCAAUCAACAACGGUAUCUCCUUCAAUGGUGUCACAUUCAAAUCGAAACGUAUGCGAUUCAAGAUACGAUGUUUGAGAUUUAGAUUGUGGGGUAACACCAAGAUGACAAUUAUUGAUGAUCUCGAGUUGAAACUAUUUCCUGUACCGUCAUCAAAGAAGGGGAAGAAGAAAGGGAAGCCGGUUGCAACAAGAGGCGAUGACGAUGAACCAGACUCUCUUGACAAUGAUGUUUGCAUCUAUCCACACAAUAAGCUCUUGAGACGAGUGGUCAAAUCGAUCAUACGACGUUUACCAAGUUUAGAUCUCGAAAUGAGAAACACAACGAUAUAUUCAGCAUUUGAUUACAAGACUACCGUUGAUUACAUUAAAUACAAUGCCAAAUCAAGAGACAGUCUAAGACACAGAGAUCGGCUCAAGUUUAGAACCGGGUUAAUUGUUAAUAAUGUGUUGCAUGAAAUCAAGACAAAGGAUGAAGUAUUGACACCAUUCAAAUUGGGCAGCUUUAGAGUCGAAUUCAAAUUUCUGAUUGACUAUAAGAGUGGAAUUAUAGGUGGCUUUAUUGGCAAAAUUAACGUGUCUGAGAGCAAUUUCCUGAUGUUUAACGCGGCCAAGUAUUACAUUUUACACGAUGAGUUGAAACAAGCAAACAAGGAUACACGUUUCUCGCAUGGAAUUAAGCAAGGAGAGGAGGAUGGUGGUGAAGGGUCCAAAGGGCAAGACCCACAAGUAAAGUUGGAAAAGGCGUUCCUGCUUAUACACAAACUACUCUCAGACGUCACCAUCCACAUUGAAAAUUCCAAAGUUUCCGAAAUUCCAUUUGUAACUAUCGAAAACAAUGUGUCAAUUGCAGAAUACUACAAUGAAGUCAAGCCAAAAACAUCUUUGGAUUUGGUGACGAAAUCAGUCUCGUUCAAUUUUUCCCGAUUGUACCAAGAUGCCGCUGGAUUUGAAGUGUUAUUCAACCCAAAACAAGAUGUCCCAUUCCAUUCAACCCUUUCCAUCCAACUCUUUAAAUUAUUCUUUGUCAAACGAGUAACAUUGAUGAGCGGAUCUUUUGGUCAAGAGACCGAUGAGAUAUUGAGCAUGCCUAAUUAUUCAUUCACGCACAAGACAAAUAUUUUGAGCCAAGUGGUACAAGCUAAGGGGUUCAAAAAUUGUGUCAUGGAAAUUUUCUCGUCCGCCAGCUCGCCUAUAUUUGACGUUGACUCACGCCAAUUGAGUGCGUUCUUGUACAAUGUGGUAUUGUUCAAAAAAUGGUUGACGUUGCGUAAAUUGCUCAAAAGGACACAUGGUGGUCCAGACGAUGAAGCAAAUGAGAAUCUUCGAGAAGCAAAUGAUAAUCCUCGAGAAGCAAAUGAGAAUCCUCGAAAAGAAAAUGAACGUGGCAAGCGUGAAUCACUAAAGGCUAAACUCUGGAGGUAUGUCAAUGAAUAUUAUCCUAAAUUGGACAUAAAAUUUGUUGUUGAGCAGCCUCGUUUCAUCCUUCGAAAUUUUGAUGAUGGUGAUCAUACUCAAUUAUUGGAGUUUUCCUACUCGUUACUGAAUUUCAACUUGUCCACCACUCUGACUCGAGACUACGCCUCUAAUUUGGAGGUCUUGUACCCAAGUGUCAAAUACCUUUCAAAAGCAAACACCGCCAUCAGUACACCUUCUUUAGCUCUCGUUGAGAAGGAGAUUCUUGGCCUCAAGCUCGUCAAUGUCAAAAUGGACAUUUUCAAAAAUUUGACAGUUGCUUCAGUUCUUGAAUUGAAUGGAUUAUCAAUACGUUUGACAAGUCUUGAUAUUUUUAAAGGCGUACAUUGGCUCCUUCUGGAUGUAACCAAAUUAGCAGAAACUGAUCUCGAAAUUGGAGUGUUGAAUAAACAAUUCAAUGAGGAGCUAAAUCAUCUUAACACAGAGUUACGCAAAGAGCUUGGCAAACCUUCAAGUUUUGAAAAGUUGCCACUGGCAUUAAGUAUUAAGGAUAAAAUAUUCCGGUAUUUGCCUUCCUGGGUAGCUCAAGUUGAAAUAAAAGCAACAGAUUGGGACAUAUUCAUUGGCUCCCGGUCAGUUUUGAUACCCAAGCAAGACUUGUUCAAAUCUGACACCACCGAUUUACAAUAUGACACUGAUGAGAGUAACGACUUGAGAAGAGUGAAUAUAAAGUUCGAUACAUUCAAAGCAGGAGUUGUCAAUCAUGGUGCCCAAAGAAUAGAUGAACAAGCUCGGCAAGAUACGUCUUCAGCAUCACUGGACACACUCACUUCGUUUGAUCAAAAUUCUGAAUACUGGUCAGUGAGUAGUAAGCUAGAGAUGUUUCAAGUCCUAUUGCCUGACGACACCAGUACUAAGCGUUCAAACACAGAACCACUUGUUGAAAUCCCUCAAUUUAAAUUUACUAUUGACUCUGUAAGUGACUACCAGGGUUAUAACCAAUUGCUUCUACUGCUGAAUAUGGAUAAGCUUCAAGUCUUUUACAACAGGUACAAACUAUUCACUUUGAUUGGCUCGGUAUACUUGGUUCGUGAAUUUAUCAUUAGUCCGAUUAAAUUGAUGAAGCUGAAAUUCAAGAAAGAUCAGGACAAAUUCGAAGAUCCGGCAACUGACUACAACAACAACCAAGCUUCCAAGGAACUGUUACUUGAUUACAUCCAUGCCAACUUCAUGUUGGAAACACUGGACAUUAUCUUACAGAUUGCCGAUUCUUAUAACCUCAAAGUGCAAUUAUCUGAUAUCUAUGUAGAACUUGCAAACAAGAUGGUCAAAUUAUCGUUGUUUUUCAUAAGGUGUCUCGCAGAUUCACCCAGCGCUGAAGGAAAAUGGUGUCGUUUGCUUUGUUUAGACUCUUUGAGUUUAAAUGUCGAGAUUCCCAAAUCAAUCGAUGAUUUGGCACUUGAUGUGCAUACCGAUGCAAUCAGGUUGAUCCAACCUCACAAAUUUAUUGUGUAUGAAUUGUUUGAUCACUUGUCGCUUACAGCCAAACUUUCCAAACACUUGAUAAAGCUUCUCAAGGCUGAUGAUGACAAGCAAGGUGCAAACAUUGUUCACCCUCAUGAAAUGAAACCCAUCCCAUUACCUAGUAUGACUAUAAAGUCAAACCAUUUGAAGUUUACAAUGGAAGAUGAUCCUUUCGAGACGGAAUUGAAUAUGAUUUAUCAGUUGGGCAAAACCGAACAAAGAAAAAGAUUGGAGUUGUACUCUCUAUUUGAAGCAAGAGAAAAUCAACUUCCUGAUGACAAGAACUAUUUUACAAGAUUGGAAAGGUUGCACACGACUAUUUCCGAGUCAUGGAUGAGAAAAGUCAAGAUUUAUCAACAACAAUUGAAAGAUGAAAUUGUAGCGCAUAAGGAUUACCUCUUUGGUAAUGAGUGCCGUUUCGACUCGGAUUAUAACAAGGACGUCGUGGCAUAUCCAUAUGACGCUCCAUUAUUGACAAUUGGGAUGGAAGGGUUCAACUUGAACCUAUCGAAGCCUGAUUUUGGUCUUGAUAAUAUUGCCGAUUUCAUUCACAAUGUGGGGCAAGGUGUUCCAAAGGAUACAAAGUAUUCCGUAAUGGUGCCGAUGUAUUUGGACUUGAAAUUGGCAGAAAUGAGGAUGCAGUUGCGUGAUUACCCGCUCCCAAUUUUGUACUCUCCGCGAAAUAAAAACACCGCUAAUGCAAGUUUGAUGUUGAGAGGUGAUUUGGUGAUUAGUGAAAAGUACGUCACCGACGAAAAAGAAAUCAGACAGUUGCAAGUGCCAUUAGUUGCUAGUCACAAAGAUGAAGCGAAUCGUUAUGAUUUGUUGACAAUUGAAAAAACACUUUCGAGUAUCAAAAUGUAUACCAAGAUGGAUUGUGAUUUUAAUUCAGAUUACCCAACCAGAAUAGUUUGGGGUACUUCGUACAAUUUCGGUAUUCAACAAUUUAUGUUGAAUUUUGAUCAAUUUUCAAAACCGCCCGUUGAUCCGUCGCAAAAAUUGGGAUUUUGGGACAAACUCAAGUAUAUUUUACAUGGAAGCUGUACAAUAAAGACACGAAAGAGUCUAGAAGUUGGCUUCAAAGGAUCAAGAGAUCCGUAUGAAUUGUUGUCGACUUCAGGUGGAUUUGUUCUUUCAUUCAAAAAGAAUGUUGUUUGGAAAAUUAACAAAGAUGACAACUCGAGAAACUUUUUUGACAUCACUUCGGACAAGGUGUCGUGGUAUAUCCCCAACUACUUGGCAACGCCCUUGUUGGCGUGGACUAGAAGUAGUAUUGAUUCGGUCUAUCUUCCAGAUUCACCACAUUUUAUUAGUACUUGCUUUGGGUAUUAUCUCGAAGAUUCUGCGACAAAACCCGAUUUUAACUUACUAAAUAAGGUGUUUGGAAAGAACGUUGUGAGCUUGAGCGGAGGAAUCGAAUUUCAUGUGGGAUUCUUACUUCAACAUAAAGUCGAUGGUAAAAGAGUGGAAGAUUUCAAACCGCAUUAUGAUGUACACUUAAUGAAUCCAAAGUUUUGUGAAGAAGGACAUGAUUCGUAUGCUGGGUUUAGAAGUGAAUACGUGCAUAUGGCUAUAUCUUUGGUGGCCGACCGGGACACAAGUUACAACACUAUUCACCUAACCCCAGGAACUUUCAAUCAAUUCUUUGCAUGGUGGAAGUUGUUUUCCAGUAACAUGAUGUUGCCAAUUAGAAGGGGUCCAUUAUUUGGUGAGAUCAAGAAAUCGGUAAAGUUUUCCGAGCAUCUAUUCACAAACAAGUUUUCGUUCUUUUUGAAAUCGUUGUUUAUUGCACAUAUGUAUCGAGACGAGAUUAUCGAUGUUGAUGAUGAUAGAAUCGAGUGCAUUGGAUUGAGAGCGAGAGUUGAUGAGUUUUCAGUCGAUUUGCAUCAACGGAAGCAGCCAGUGACACUAUACCAUGAGGAGCUUUCGAAAAAGACCAAGGUGAUGAAGAUGAAUUUCAACGUUGGUGAAGUGACUCUCUCCAACAUUGAUAUGCGUGUGGUUCACACAAGCUUUACACAAAACUUGUACCAAGGUGAAACGAAGAAAUACAAUGAUAAAGACUCUACGUACAAUAUUUAUGGAGGCGAUAAAACUUGGUUUGACAUGCAGGAUUAUGAGGAGGCAUUCUUACCCACAUUGAAAUAUUGCCCACGAAAAGUUGAUAUUCAACCCCUCAUGUUUUCCCUGCGAUUCUCAUACGAAAGGGACACUGAAAACGAUGCUGGCAAGAACCAGGAUGAUGACCAGUUUGGUAAUGAAGAUAUCCAUGAUUGUCGUAUACACUCGAGCAAUGAAUCCGAUCUGAGAGUUGGAUUGUUGGAAACAAGACAAAAGGCUCUUGAUCAGCAAAUUACAAAAUUACGCAAAAAGGGAGCUUUCACCAAGGAGUUGGAAGAACGAGCAACAUUUGUGAAGCGUAUGAUUGAUCGCGCAAAAAGUGGCGCGUCAUGUAAUCACAGACAAAAUUCGGUUGUCUCUAUCGAAGAGGAUGAGCAUUUUCAUAAUCUGUUUACGUGGCUGAGCAUGUUGUUAAAAUGGAAUAGAACUUGUCGUGACAAUGUUAUGAAGUACAUUCAUUUCGUUCAAUUAAAAGCGGCUAUGAAAAAGUACUUGUCACAUGAAUCGAUUGCCACUCUAGAAAAAUUCAUUGAGGAAAAUGACCUUGGAUCCGAUAUUGGGUCAAUGUCGUCAUCGGCUCAGACUAGUGACCAAUUUGUUGGUAAUGGCGAAGACGAAUUAAAGGUGAAAUCGAAAUCAGUAGAGUUGAGUUCAAGAGAAAGGCUAAAUAACUUUACCAAGAUUUUGAAGGAGCUAAAAGGUAAGGAAUCACUAUCCGAGGAUUAUUUAUUUGACAUUGUUUCUCCUCAAAUUCAACUUCAAAGUGAUGAGUCUCCUGACUCGAUUGUCAUUGUAUCUACACCUUCAAUAAGUGGAAAGUUUGUUUCCGUCUUGGAUUCGAAAGAUUCUGCAAAUCCUGAAGUUUUAGAAAAGAGGUUUGGUGUUGUUUUACAAGAUGCAAGCGUUUUUGUUUUGAACAAAAGAGACGUUUUAGAUGGCGAUUCAAUGAUAGUCACGCACAACCCAUACGGUGCUAAAUCCAAUUGGCCCCCUUGGCUCGGUCCUGAAAUCACACAAAAGGGUAGAUGGGCCGGUGAAAAUCAACUACUUAUACAAAAUUUGUCCGUUAUGGUUUUAUUUUACGAUACCGAGAUUAUGAGUAACAAGUUGUCGAAAGGUGAAGACAACGACGCCUCGGUUACAGAAGAAAAUCCUCACUCCACUACUACGCUGUUGGAGGCACCGAAAAGGUUACGUAUUGACAUGCCUUCAGUGAUUUUGACGUCAACGUCUUCGCAAUAUUUUGCAUUGUAUGUGAUUAUCAUCAGUCUUUUGUUUUACAGUGAACCCAUGAGUAAAGCCAUUGCUGAAAAGAUUGAGAAGAUGAAGUUUUCAAUUGAUUUUGAUAAUUUGCCAGCAGUAGCGGAUAAAUUGAAAGGGUUGCAACUGUAUUACCGAAUUUUGAAAUUGUUGAAUGCAAAUUACAGUUUUAGGAAAAACCAUAUGAGCAAUGAGGAUUUAAACAACUACUUGCAAUUGAAUUUGGAAACGGGUGACAUUGCCAGUGAGAUUUUCCUUUUGUUGAGGACGUUGCUCACUGGUGACUUUUUCAGCGACACUUCAAAUUAUCCACAGAUAUCAUGGCUAAUUAAAGCCGACGAGAUCAUAUUGCAUAUUCUAGAAGAUGACAGAACGCCAAUUGUAGACCUCGCACUUGCAAAUGGAGUUUACAAGAGAAAAGAACUAGAAAGUGGAUCCAAUUUGAACCAAAUACAAAUUCAAAUGUUACAAGGAUUCAAUUUAAUCAAGAAUGCAAGGUAUCCAGACUUUAUUGGUCCUUUCAAUCUCAGUCAACAUCCUUCGGAAAACUUGAUUGAUUUGCAAUGGACAAUGAAUAGAUCAGUUGGUGGGAUCAAGAUAGUUGAAAAUCUACAAGUGAAUUCAUUACCGUUAAAUAUCAAAAUUGAUGAAAUAACUGGUGAGAAACUUAUGAAAUUCAUUUUCCAAACUGAUUCAACCGACAUUAAGGAGAGUAGAGUCAUUGAAAUGACAAACAAUACUGAAGCUAAGGAAAAAGAGCUUGAGAAUCCAUCUGAUCAAGAUCAGUAUGGUUUAGUGGAGGAGACGGAGGGUGCAAACAAGAGCGCUAGACUAGAAAAGAAGCUACAAGAACGAAGUAUGACUAGUUCCAGGCUGAAUAAGCGCGGAUUGACUCGCCUUUCAGGAAAUAGUCCCACCAGUAGCAAGAGUUCCGGACAUGACGAUGAUGACGAAGAAGAAGAUGCUGAACAAGUUAACAAAAUGAUUGAACGAUCAAAGCAAUAUUUCUCCAUCAUUUCCCUUACAGUUAAAGCAAUUACAUUGCGAAUUACUAUUAAAUUGAACAAGGGAUACAAAAGGAUAUUGAAUGUCCAUGAUUUCAGAGUUGACUUGCCUGAAUUGGUGAUCAAGAAUCGUAUUCUUUCAUUUAUUGACUUAACGGAAAUUAUAAAGAAAUUGAUUUUAAAGAGUCUUUGGAGUCAUAUUGGUCGCUUAUUGGCCAACAAGAUGAGUUCAAAUGAUACGUCGCUGGAUAUGUUGACCAACGAACGCCUAAAGUCGGUGAAAACUUACAACAAGUUUAUCCCGAUACGUGAAUUGACUGUUGUAAAGAGUAAAGAGUAA